UUUUCAGUCUCCUGAGUGGGAAAAGGUGUUGUCGUACCCUCUUCAUGACUGUCUUGGUGUGUUUGUACCAUGAUACUUUGUUGGUGAUGUGUACACCAAGGAACUUGAAACUCUCGACCCGCUCCACUACAGCCCCGUCGAUGUUAAUUGGGGCCUGUUCGGACCGCCUUUUCCUGUAGUCCACGAUCAGCUCCUUAGUCUUCCUCACAUUGAGAGAGAGGUUGUUGUCCUGGCACCACACUGCCAGGUCUCUAACCUCCUCCCUCUCAGGCCUACCGUUGUUGUGUUGCCAGCAAACUUAAUGAUGGUGAUGGAGUCGUGUUUGGCCACACUGUCGUGGAUGAACAGGGAGUACAGGAGAGGACUAAGAACACACCCCUGAUGAGCCCCAGUGUUGAGGAUCAGCGUAGCAGACGUGUUGUUGCCUGCCCUUAACACCUGGGGGCGGCCUGUCAGGAAGUCCAGGGUCCAGUUGUACACAGAACAAAAACAUAAAAAUACUAAGCGCACACUUCCAAGAACUAAACAAGUUAAAGUCGAGCAGUCAUUUGAAAGAGUAAGAAUAUUUCAGCGAGACAACUCGGGAAAAAUCCAUUAACGCCAAGAUAAUGAAAUUAAUUGCCCUUGACAAUCAACCAUUCUCUGUUAUGGAUGAUGUUGGCUUUCGUCGACUGGCCGAGCACCUCGAGCCUCGGUACACACUACCAAGUAGGCACAAUUUUUCAGAUGUUGCCCUACCGGAGUUACACAGUAUUGUUGAAACGCACAUCCAUGAGCUACUUGCUAUUAUCACUGCUAUUAUCUUCACGACUGACAUUUGGACCAGCGAUGUCAGCCCUAUGAGCAUUAUGAGUGUGAUAGCAGUGGGUCGAUGAGGAUUUCCUACUGAGGAAAGCCGUAUUGCAUACUCAAGAAUGUGCCGUUUCUCAUACCGCUGCUUCCAUUUCAAUGGCAUUUGAGAACAUGUUUGAAACAUGGAAACAUGAACACACUCCUAGCUCCAUUCAAACAACUGACCUGAGAAAUAAUCUCAUCAACUGCGUCUGCAGCAGACGUGACACCCUCUGUCAUGGCAUUGAAACACCUGCUCAACAAAACUGCCCACACAGACCAUGGGGUUAAAACUUGCAAAAGUACAAGAGGCUGUGAACAAGUGAUUUGGUGGCAUUCUCUCUGAGCCACUUUACUGUGUCGCCACCUAGCUCGAUGCUAGGUACCAGACCCGCUACUUCGAUGCAGACAAGAAACAGGGUUUACGUGAAAUGUUAGACACAGCUGGACAAGAUGGAAACGGACACAGUGACAGUGGGCAUCGAGGAAGAGAGGCCACAGACAGACAGCUGAAACUUCACUGCUUGACAUGUAUGAUGAAAUCCUGGAUGAGACUGAACAAAUGAACAACGACACAGCACAGCAAAUUCUCCAUGGGACCAAGAUCACCGGGGGGGGCACCUCCACGGGCCAAUGUGUGAUCGGCUGUGUGUGGCCAGCCUGCACUCCGAGCUGAGGGAUGCCUGCACCCCCUCGCUUUCCCCCUCCCUCCUCCCCGGACCAGGUGUCUACACGCCAAAAUGUCCGUCCACACACACACGACUCAGCGCCCAUGCCUCUGAGGAAGUAUGGGAGGACGCCACCAACAAGACCACUAUCAGAGCAGAGAACGAAGUGGAGGCCAACAAACUAGCCAACAACUACAGGUUUGGAUUUAGGAAGUGGAAGAGUCAUGUGACGGAGCGUCCCUUUGAGGACAGGUCGGAUGUGGUCAAGGAGCUCUAUUCAGAGCUCAACGUCAUCAAACCACACACAGGUCAUCUGAUCACCUGUGGAAAUGUAGUGUAUGUGUUGUUGUUUGGCUGGUGGGUGUCUCUGGUCUACCUCCUGGUCAGCAUACUGAUGUUCAUCACCAUCAUUGGAGUACCAUAUGGGAAGAUGUGCUGGAAGUUGUCUUGGUAUUUCUUAUGGCCAUUUGGGAAGUCCAUACAGGAGUUGAGAGGAGGCGUAGAGAGGUGCUGUGGUAGGUUCCCCCACUGUGAGGCCAUCCCAGAGGAUGUGGAGGACAAUGAGGACACUUCUCCCAUCCUCCUGCCAUCACCCACUGAAGAGCCCAUCCCAGACCUGCUACAGGGGCCACCGCAGCACAAGCCCUACUGGCACCGUGUGAGCACGUAUGUGUGGCUGCUGUUGGGUUAUCCUUUGCUGGCUGUGGUUCACUCCCUGGCCUGCCUGAUCUCCUGGCUGCUGGUGUUCACCAUUCCCGUGGCCAAGAUGAAUGCCCGGACCCUGGCCUCCAUCCUCCUCAUGCCCCCUGAGAACCUCUCGGUCUCCACCUGCUCAAAGAGGAAGCCUCAGGGUUGUGAGACUCGAGCGCUGCUGUGCUGCUACCACGCGGUCAACUGGUAUUACUACAAAUACACUGUGGAUGGGAUCAAUGUGUUUGCUGUCAACCUCCUUCCCCUGGUGAUAGUGUCCCUGGUGAUUGGCUAUGUAGAUAAAGGAAACCAGUUUGCCAGCUCUGAGGUCAAGUUUGCCACAGCAGUCGGCUCCAUCAUUCCUCUGUCCUACUACAUCGGCAUGGGCAUCGCCAGUAUCUCUGCCCAGAGCAACUUUGCGGUGGGGGCGGUGGUGAAUGCGACCUUUGGCUCCAUCACAGAGAUGACCUUCUAUAUCACGGCCCUGCUGAGGGGUCACCGCGCUGGUAAUGCCUGUCUGCAGGAGAUAGUUAAAUCUGCCCUCACCGGCACACUGCUGGGCUGCAUCCUCUUCAUCCCUGGGAUCUGUAUGAUCAUAGGAGGGCUGAGACACAGGGAGCAGAGGUUUAACAGUCGUUCAGCUGGGGUCAGUUCUGCCUUGCUCUUCAUCUCUGUGGGAGGUGUGUUUGCCCCCACGCUGUUCUCUAAGGCGUAUGGGAACCUGGUGUGUGACAAUUGCACCAAUUCCAACACCACCAGCGGGUCCUUCGCCUGCCGCAACUGUCACUACGACCUGAGUGAGAACAACUACACCUUGUUCCACAGCCACAUCCAGCCACUGGUGUACACGGUCUCCUUCCUUCUGCCUGUUGCUUACAUCAUUGGUUUAAUCUUCACACUGAAGACACACUCACACAUCUACGACAUUCACGUUGGCGAGGGACAUGUGACCGGCCACCAUGGUGCAGUUGUCCACUGGUCUCGGUGGAGAGCUCUGGCCAUCCUCAUCAUAGCCACUCUACUGAUGUCAGCCUGCGCUGACGUCACCACUGAACACAUCCAGCCCAUACUGAGUCAGCCCAAUAUCUCACAGUACUUCAUAGGAGUAACCGUGCUGGCCAUGGUACCUGAGAUCCCGGAGAUUGUCAACGGGAUCCAGUUUGCCCUUCAGAACAACAUCAGUCUGAGCCUGGAGGUGGGCAGCUGCAUCGCUGUACAGGUCUGCAUGCUCCAGAUCCCCCUGCUUGUUUUAUUCAACGCCCUCUACGAUGUGGGCUUUGUGCUAAUAUUCUGUGACCUGCAUCUGUGGGCCAGCAUCUUCAGCGUGGUCCUCGUCAACUACAUCUUCAUGGAUGGCAAAUCGGACUACUUCCAAGGCACUGCUCUGGUGGUGGUCUACCUCAUCCUCCUGGCAUCCUACUUCUUCGCUCCAUCGCCAGCUGGCUGCUGAGGGACUAAUCUGAGCAUCAUCUUGUUACCUUUUAUAUCAGACUAAGUUGCAUUCAAUAUGUUUUUUUGUGUGUUUUUUUUACUUAGUUAAGUUAUUUAUGGAAUUGAAUAUUGUGUGCAGACUGCUAGAGAACAUCUAGAAAUUUCUCUGGACUGCGGUUCAAAAACAAUUCUAACAGUUGGUGAAACAUUUCAGUGUUGAACACUGUAGUGUCCGCACAGUCGCACAACUCCAGCUAACAACAUAUAUACUGUAAUCCUCCUGUUCCACGCUACAUUUAGUCACUCAUCUGUUUCUGUCAAAUCAGAAUCUACAUAUUUUCUUAGAACUACUGAUUUUACACACCAACCAAACCUUAGUACCGUAUUACCUUGCUGUUUAAUAUUAUUGCUUUUAAAACCAUCACUGAGAAUGUUCAAUAGAAGCUAUGCAAACUGGAGGACAACAUUCAACUGUCAAAGAGCAAUGAUUAGUCGGUGUACAGUUUGGUAAACUUUACACUGGACCUCUCUCCCUUUCUUAGGUUUGUUGUUAUUUUUGUACUUGUUUGAAAACCCCUAGGGUGUUUUCAGCAGCCUCUGUAAAGAAGGUAUUUUUGUACAUUUAAAACGUGUUUAGAAGAUGUCAAACUUAUUUUGUCAAUGCUAAAAGUAUUUUAAUGCAAAGGAAUAAAUACAUUUAAUAGCCAAA